AUGGGUACAGGAUAUCUAGAUCUAAUGGGUACAGCAUAUCACAGUCUAGAUCUAAUGGGUACAGGAUAUCUAGAUCUAAUGGGUAAAGGAUAUCACAGUAUAGAUCCAAAAGGUACAGGAUAUCAAGAUCCAAUGGGUACAGGAUAUCAGGUGGACGGGCAUAAAUCCCCACCAAGACGCAUAAAUCCCCACCAAGACUUACAAAUCCCCCACCAAGACUUACAAAUCCCCACCAAGACUUACAAAUCCCCCACCAAGACUUACAAAUCCCCACCAAGACUUACAAAUCCCCACCAAGACUUACAAAUCCCCACCAAGACUUACAAAUCCCCACCAAGACUUACAAAUCCCCCACCAAGACUUACAAAUCCCCCACCAAGACUUACAAAUCCCCACCAAGACUUACAAAUCCCCACCAAGACUUACAAAUCCCCACCAAGACUUACAAAUCCCCCACCAAGACGCAUAAAUCCCCCAUCAAGACUUACAAAUCCCCCACCAAGACUUACAAAUCCCCCACCAAGACUUACAAAUCCCCACCAAGACUUACAAAUCCCCACCAAGACUUACAAAUCCCCACCAAGACUUACAAAUCCCCACCAAGACUUACAAAUCCCCACCAAGACUUACAAAUCCCCCACCAAGACUUACAAAUCCCCCACCAAGACUUACAAAUCCCCACCAAGACUUACAAAUCCCAACCAAGACUUACAAAUCCCCACCAAGACUUACACAUCCCCCACCAAGACUUACAAAUCCCCACCAAGACUUACAAAUCCCCCACCAAGACUUACAAAUCCCCACCAAGACUUACAAAUCCCCACCAAGACUUACAAAUCACCACCAAGACUUACAAAUCCCCACCAAGACUUACAAAUCCCCACCAAGACUUACAAAUCCCCCACCAAGACUUACAAAUCCCCCACCAAGACUUACAAAUCCCCACCAAGACUUACAAAUCCCCCACCAAGACUUACAAAUCCCCCACCAAGACUUACAAAUCCCCACCAAGACUUACAAAUCCCCACCAAGACUUACAAAACCCCCACCAAGACUUACAAAUCCCCACCAAGACUUACAAAUCCCCACCAAGACUUACACAUCCCCCUCCAAGACUUACAAAUCCCCACCAAGACUUACAAAUCCCCACCAAGACUUACAAAUCCCCACCAAGACUUACAAAUCCCCCACCAAGACUUACAAAUCCCCCACCAAGACUUACAAAUCCCCCACCAAGACUUACAAAUCCCCCACCAAGACUUACAAAUCCCCCACCAAGACUUACAAAUCCCCCACCAAGACUUACAAAUCCCCACCAACUUACAAAUCCCCACCAAGACUUACAAAUCCCCCACCAAGACUUACAAAUCCCCACCAAGACUUACAAAUCCCCACCAAGACUUACAAAUCCCCACCAAGACUUACAAAUCCCCCACCAAGACUUACAAAUCCCCACCAACUUACAAAUCCCCACCAAGACUUACAAAUCCCCCACCAAGACUUACAAAUCCCCCACCAAGACUUACAAAUCCCCACCAAGACUUACAAAUCCCCACCAAGACUUACAAAUCCCCCAUCAAGACUUACAAAUCCCCAUCAAGAAGCAUAAAUCCCCCACCAAGACGCAUAAAUCCCCCGCUAAGGCGCAUCAAUCCGGCUUGUAUUUACCCUGGGCCUCGUGGGUGA